UCCCGCCUUUUUGUUCGUCAAACUGGUUAGCAGUCUGGCACACCUUUUCGACAAUUUAUAUCAGAAAAAUGAGGAAAAUUGAGCUCAGACAUGACGGAGCUAUUGAAAGAUGAACCGACAAGAGUUGGGUCUUGGUGUAAAAAGUAUCUUCUUGAAGGUCAACAACUUGACGAGAAACAUGCUGAAAAGAUUACAAACUUUCCUGUUAAUCCAACAUUUGCUGAUUACAUUCUUAUCAAGUAUCGAAAGUUUGUCGCUGUGUUGAUACCGUUUGUUUUCAUUCAUACAUUUUGGUGGGCGACAGCCAUCAAGCAUGACUUUUUCCAUUACUACCCAGAAUAUUGGCAUAUGCCUGUUACAAUGGUUGUUGGAGCACUCAUAUCUGGAAUGACUGCUGAAGGAGCUGGAGCUGUUGCUUUUCCCGUUAUGACUUUAGUUCUUCAUUUAGCACCGUCGAUUGCUAGAGAUUUUGCACUUAUGAUCCAGUCAAUUGGUAUGAUGGCUGCAUUCGUCUGUGUAAUAUUUAUGAAAGUAAAGUUUGAUGAACGAUCAGUUAUAUUUGGCAUCGCAGGAGCCAUACCAGGUUUCAUUUUCGGAGUCCAUUGCAUUGAUCCUCUCUUCACCGGAGCUCAAAAGAAAAUGCUCUUUGUUUCUAUUUGGACAUCAUUUGCAUUUGCUCUCGGAAUUUUGAAUGCUCAGAAAAAGCGACCGACAUUUGUUAAAAUUCCUGAAUUUUGUUUCUGGAAAGGUCUGCUUCUGUUUCUAACAGGUGUUGUUGGAGGAAUUUUUGAUGCAUUUGCUGGAAGUGGAAUUGAUAUUUGUAUGUUUUCAACGCUAACCCUUUUGUUCCGGGUUAGUGAGAAGACAGCGACACCUACAACAAUGAUAUUAAAAGGUGUUGUAUCAAUGUUCGGGUUUUACUACAGAGCUGUUCAAAUGGGUGAUAUAUCGGAAAUUGCAUGGAAAUAUUUUACAUGCACAAUACCAGUUGUUGCGACAAUGGCUCCCAUUGGCUCAUUUCUGGGAUCUCAUCUUCAUCGUCAAGUAAUUGCAGCUUUGAUUUACAUUCUUGAAGCAGCUUCGCUUGUUGGAUUCUUAUUGACCAAACCAACAUGGUUUCUUAUCAUCAUGUCAGUUGUCAUAAUUGGCUGUGGAUUUGUCUUUUUCUCAGUAAUGGCAAAAACUGGAGAAGUUCUAAUGAGAUACAUUGAUUCGAAUCAAGUGGAAGAUGAUGAGGAGAAGACGGAAAUCGAAACAGAGAUGGAAGUUCGAUUUACAUGACAAUAUGAACAAUUAAUAAGAUUUGUUUUGUAUUCAAUGUUGAAAAAAAUCAAUAAAGUUCAAAGCGAACCGUUUGAGUAGGAAUGGAUAUUGCGUAAACGACUUGUGAAUGUAAUCAUUUAAAUACUGACUUCGAAUCUGGGAAUCAUAAUUAAAUUUCUUCACUACUGCUGCUAUACAAAUGUCCAGCUCCACCUCCCCUUUUCUCUUUUGUUUUGUCACCAUCCAUCAUUUGUCACCAUUUUCCGAAUAUCUUUACAUGAAUCCACAUUUCCGUUUUCUAUGACACUCGUAGCACAAAAACGUCCAAAAAAAAAGUCCGAAUGACCUCGUUUUUGUUCCAUUUAUUUGCUGAUUUUUCACAAUUCCCCAGAUGAUUUUUUU